AACCAGCUCCAGCACUCCAGACUCCAGCCACACUCCAACAGAGCACCAUGGUCUCAGCCACCCGCUCGCUUCUCUGUGCAGCGCUGCUGCUGCUGGCCACCAGCCGCCAAGCCACAGGGGCGCCCGUCGCCAAUGAGCUGCGCUGUCAGUGCCUGCAGACAGUGGCAGGGAUUCACUUCAAGAACAUCCAGAGUUUGAAGGUGAUGCCGCCAGGACCCCACUGCACCCAAACCGAAGUCAUAGCCACACUCAAGAAUGGUCGCGAGGCUUGCCUUGACCCUGAAGCCCCCAUGGUUCAGAAGAUUGUCCAAAAGAUGCUAAAGGGUGUCCCCAAGUAAUGGAGAAAGAAGAUAGAUUGCUCCGAUGGCGUCUGUCUGGUGAACGCUGGCUUCUGACAACACUAGUUUUACACAUUGUACGAUUUCUAUUGAGGGUCCUAUUUAUUUUAUGUAUUUAUUUAUUCCACCAAGUGUGUGGUUUUUAUUUUUACAUUAAUAUUUAACGAUGUGGAUGCGUUUCAUCGAUGGUAGUUCAAGUCCGAUUGUGCCGUUUAAAGAUGGUAGGCUUUAAAUAUCUCAUUAAACUAAUAUUUAUUGGGAGACCAUUAAGUGUCAACCACAGUGCUAGAAGGUGUUGAGUGGGAAGAAGGGCGAAGAGAUGAGAGUCUGGGAUCGUGUUUUGUGUUAGGGUGAGGAAAUGUGUGAGAGGCUAUGUUUGUAUGUUUUGAAAAGAAUGUUAUUUAUUGAAAGCUGUCUUUCAUAUUUUAUGGUCAACAUUGAUGUGUUGACGCUUCCCUUGGACAUUUUAUGUCUAAUUCGUAGGGCACAAUGCCCUUUUAUAUUCUUUAACCAAUGUUCCUUCUCGUCUCAGGACAGAGAAGUUCCAAGGACUGUUACAAAUGAAAUGAAAAUAAAAGUUUUAUUAAAAAAAA